AUGGCCGAAGACGAUGAGAGAGACGGUCGACGAGAGGCACAAGUUGCUGGCGGACGGCGUCGAGUUGUUCGUCGCCGAGUACAACAUGGUGAGGACGAUUUCAUCAAUCAGGUGCUCGGGCCAGAAGUUCCGGAAGAUUCCGAAGAAGAGGGGGCAGUACCGCUGCUCCAGACCGACGAGAAAAUCGGCAAAAGAAAAGCAGCAAAGUUGCAGGCGAAGGCAGAGAAAAAGGCCAUGCGAGAACAGCUCAAAGAGUCAUUUGCUGUUGAAGAAGAAGGUUUCGACCAACUUGAGGAAGAAGAAUCACACAAUCUCAUGAAGGAGUUUGCGGAUUAUAUAAAGAAAUCUAAGCUCAAAGAGUCAUUUGCUGUUGAAGAAGAAGGUUUCGACCAACUUGAGGAAGAAGAAUCACACAAUCUCAUGAAGGAGUUUGCGGAUUAUAUAAAGAAAUCUAAGGUAGUCAACAUGGACGAACUGGCCGCACAUUUUGGUUUGAAAUCUGAAGAGGCAAUUUCUCGUCUCCAAUAUUUCCUUGACAAUGGUCUUCUGGAAGGAGUUAUGGAUGAUCGCGGAAAGUUCAUAUGUAUCACCGAUGAAGAGUUGAAUGCGGUGGCGAAGUUCAUUAACCAACGAGGGCGAGUCACCAUACAAGAGUUGGCGGAGUACAGCAACAAGCUGAUAUGUCUGGAAGGCUCGGCCUGA